AGAAAGCUCAUACCUUUAUGCAUAUAGUUAAUUAGAUUCAGAAGAAGAAGAAGAAGAGUAGGUUUGGGGUUGCGAUGAUGAACUGGCGGAGAGUGUUGAAUUCGGUGCAGGCCUUAGCAGCCCACAGCCUGCUAUUCACCUUUACCCUCCUCCUCCUUCUCAAGCUCGACCACAUCGUCUCCUACUCUUGGUGGGCAAUUUUUUUUCCACUUUGGAUAUUUCAUGCAGUUGUUGCCCGAGGAAGAUUCUCACUACCUGCUCCAUCAGUUCCGCACAGUCGUCAUUGGGCGCCAUGUCAUGCUGUUGUGGCCACACCAUUGCUUAUUUCAUUUGAAUUGCUUCUCUGUAUAUAUCUUGAAACUCUUUAUGCUCAGGGUUUUGCAGCUGUCAACUUAAGGGUUGUCUUUCUUCCCUUACUGGCAUUCGAAUUCAUUAUUCUAAUUGACAAUUUCAGAAUGUGUAGGGCUCUGAUGCCAGGCGAUGAUGAAACCUUGAAUGAUGAGGCAAUAUGGGAGACACUUCCUCAUUUCUGGGUUGCAAUCUCCAUGGUUUUCUUUGUGGCUGGCACGGUAUUCACCUUGCUUAAGUUAUCUGGUGAUGUAGAUUCUCUCGGUUGGUGGGAUUUAUUUAUAAACUUUAGUAUUGCAGAGUGCUUUUCCUUCCUUGUCUGUACAAAGUGGUCCAAUCCAGUAAUUCAUAGAAAUUCUCCCACAAGAGGAGCUAGUUCAUCUUCCACAACUAUCAGAUAUCUUGACUGGAACAGCGUUCUAGUAGUUUCUGCAGAAGAGGAUCAGAAUCAAGAUAGAAUGUGUGGUUUGCAAGACAUUGGUGGGCAUCUUAUGAAAAUUCCUGUGAUUGGUUUUCAAGUUCUUCUUUGUAUGCAUCUUCAGGGAACCCCUGAUCGUGCUAGACAUAUCCCACUUCCGGUACUGUUCUCUCCUCUUUUCUUGCUACAAGGUGUUGGUGUAUUAUUUGCUGCAUCUAGAUUGGUGGAGAAAAUUGUACUUGUACUGCGUACUGGAGCUGGCACAGGAUUAUAUUUUAGAUUUUCUUCUAGAGCGCACGAUUGCUUGGGUUUUUUGCACCAUGGCUCCAGGCUACUUGGCUGGUGGUCAAUAGAUGAAGGAAGUUGUGAGGAACAUGCCCGCCUGUUUCAUGAUGGGGCUUCCGGAUACAACACUUUCUGUGGUUAUCCACCUGAGAUAGUGAAGAAAAUGCCUAAAAAGGAUCUCACUGAGGAGGUAUGGAGACUUCAAGCAGCUCUUGGUGAACAGACAGAAAUCACAAAAUACAGUCGGCAGGAGUAUGAAAGACUUCAAAAUGAAAAAGUGUUAUGUCGUGUUUGCUUCGAGGGAGAUAUCAGUGUGGUCUUGCUACCAUGUAGGCAUCGUGUCCUGUGCAGUACCUGCUGUGAUAAGUGUAAAAAAUGCCCAAUAUGCCGUGUUUCUAUUGAGGAGCGCUUACCUGUGUAUGAUGUCUAGCUUGGUUUUGAGUUUACCCCACAGAAGACUUUAUGGGUGGCAUGCAAUUGGAGUACAUAGGGCUGGACGGUAACCUCACUUGAGAACGAAUUUAACACUAAUUAUACCCCAUGAUGGUGACUGGUCAUUGCAGCUGUUUCUAAUUUAGCAAUGCUACGAUUAGGAGAUAAACGAGAUGCAGUUCCUUUGAAUAUAAUUUGGUAGCUACUUUCUCUUAUAUUUUCAGCUUUCAGAUUGUAAAUGUACAGGGACAGUUUGCUAUUUAACAAACUAGAAGUUUUCAGAUGAGUUGAAUAGAGAAAUGUGGUAUAUCGAAGACUA